AAUUACUACAAGGAAUUGAUUUUGUGGUUGUUAUUCAAACUUCAAGGUUAGGCUGUCAGUUGCAGUGUGUGGGUGUUAAUUUCUUCUCGAGUAGUAUAUUACCACGGCAAGCUUCAAGCCUUUUGUCAAGUAUAUUACUACUAGAACACAUUUGUGAAUUCUUUACUGCAAAGUAUAAACUAAUUAAGGUUGAGGAAAUGAGCUCUUUUUUAAUGUGCCAGACCAAGCUCCUCCCAAUAUACAACAACUCUUAUAAUUUGGGUUUUCAAUCAUCGAAUUCAUCAGCAUCUGUGCGUAGUAUCCAACUUCAUCCAGAGCUUAUCCCUAAACAUGUAGCUAUAAUAAUGGACGGCCACAGGAGAUGGGCUAAGGCUAGAGGCCUACCGGUGCAAGAGGGUCACAAAUUUAUUACUCCGAAUCUUAAAAAUAUUUGUAACGUUUCCUCCAAACUCGGAAUAGAAGUUCUCACUGCUUUUGCUUUCUCCACUGAAAACCUUAAUCGUUCCAAGGAGGAGGUUGAUUUCUUGAUGCAACUGUUCGAAGAGUUCUUUCAAGAAUUUAUGAGGUUUGGGGUACGAGUAUCUGUUAUUGGAGAUAAACCUAGACUUUCCAUAACUUUACAGAAAAGCAUCGAGUUAACAGAGGAGGCCACCAAAGCCAAUGAAGGACUGCAUCUUAUGAUGGCACUAAAUUAUGGAGGACAUUAUGACAUGUUACAGGCAACCAAGUGCAUUGCCAGUAAAUUAAAGGAUGGCCUUCUUAAGUUAGAGGAUAUUGACAAUAAAUUAUUUGAGCAAGAACUCUCUACUAAGUGCGCCAAGUUCCCCAAACCUGAUUUACUAAUAAGGACUGGUGGAGAACAAAGAAUCAGUAACUUCUUAUUGUGGCAGCUCGCUUAUUCUGAAAUGUACUUCACAAAUACACUAUUUCCUGAUUUUGGAGAAGAAGAUCUGAAGGAGGCCGUACUUUCCUUUCAACGAAGACACAGACGUUUUGGUGGACACACAUAUUGAAAAUCUUUUUGUUAUUUUAAAGCUCUCAGCAUCUCUUAUAAUUGUAUGUGUUUUAGUAUUUUGUGAUCUGCAAUAUCCUCUCAGCCAAAUUGAUAACUUAAUACAGGAGGUUUUUUUAAUUUCUUCAUGCAGCAACAAGCUUGGAGAAUUGUAUUAUAUUUGUGAAAAUGUUUAUGUUAGAUUCCAACUUAUUACGAGUA